GACUCCUCCUUUUGGGGCGGCGGCCAUUUUGGCCGGGUGGCAGUGGGAGCACGUUGUCUUCGUGUCCAGCUGGGAGCCCUUCGAGUCUCCCGUUAGCCCUCCGCCUGGACGGGAGAUUCCUUCCUUUUAGCCUUCCAUGAAUUUGAACUUCCCACCUCAUUUAUUCAUUUUGGAAUCAUUAACUGGUAUACGUACAUAAUUCCAAGUUCCUCACUAUGGCUGAUAAGCUAACGAGAAUUGCUAUUGUCAACCAUGACAAGUGUAAGCCAAAGAAAUGCCGCCAGGAAUGCAAGAAAAGCUGUCCUGUGGUUCGAAUGGGAAAACUCUGCAUAGAAGUAACAUCGCAGUGCAAAAUUGCAUGGAUUUCUGAAACACUGUGUAUUGGUUGUGGUAUUUGCAUUAAGAAAUGUCCUUUUGGAGCCUUGUCAAUUGUUAACUUACCUAGCAACCUGGAGAGAGAAACAACUCACCGAUAUUGUGCCAAUGCCUUCAAACUUCACAGGUUGCCUAUUCCACGUCCAGGAGAAGUGCUGGGAUUGGUUGGAACUAAUGGUAUUGGAAAGUCAACUGCCUUGAAAAUCUUAGCAGGAAAACAGAAGCCAAACCUUGGGAAAUACGAUGACCCACCUGACUGGCAAGAAAUCCUGACUUACUUUCGAGGAUCCGAAUUGCAGAACUACUUCACAAAGAUCCUGGAAGAUGACCUCAAGGCCAUCAUUAAACCCCAGUAUGUGGACCAGAUUCCUAAAGCUGCUAAAGGAACGGUGGGCUCUAUAUUGGACAGGAAGGAUGAGACUGGAACGCAGACCAUUGUAUGUCAGCAGCUGGAUUUGACCCAUCUUAAAGAACGAAAUGUUGAAGACCUGUCAGGAGGAGAACUUCAGAGAUUUGCCUGCGCUGUGGUUUGCAUUCAAAAAGCUGAUAUCUUCAUGUUUGAUGAGCCCUCCAGCUACUUGGAUGUUAAGCAACGUCUGAAGGCUGCCAUUACUAUUCGAUCACUAAUAAAUCCAGACAGAUACAUUAUUGUUGUGGAGCAUGACCUGAGCGUUCUGGAUUAUCUCUCUGACUUCAUCUGCUGUUUAUAUGGCGUGCCAAGCGCUUAUGGAGUUGUUACCAUGCCUUUCAGUGUAAGAGAAGGUAUAAAUAUAUUCUUGGAUGGCUACGUUCCUACAGAAAAUCUAAGGUUCCGAGAUGCAUCUUUAGUUUUCAAAGUAGCAGAAACAGCUAAUGAAGAAGAAGUUAAGAAGAUGUGUAUGUAUAAAUAUCCUGGAAUGAGAAAAAAGAUGGGAGAAUUUGAGCUGUCGAUUGUUGCAGGAGAAUUCACUGACUCUGAGAUCAUGGUCAUGCUGGGAGAAAAUGGAACGGGCAAAACUACAUUUAUUCGUAUGCUUGCAGGAAGACUUACACCUGAUGAUAAAAGUGAAGUGCCAGUUUUAAACGUUAGUUACAAGCCACAGAAGAUCAGUCCUAAGUCUACAGGAAGUGUACGUCAGCUGCUUCAUGAAAAGAUUCGAGAUGCCUAUACUCACCCACAGUUUGUGACAGAUGUAAUGAAGCCUCUCCAAAUAGAAAAUAUCAUUGAUCAAGAGGUUCAAACAUUGUCUGGUGGUGAGUUGCAGCGGGUUGCUCUUGCUCUCUGUCUUGGCAAGCCUGCUGAUGUCUACCUGAUUGAUGAACCUUCUGCAUACCUGGACUCGGAACAACGUUUGAUGGCAGCUAGAGUUGUCAAACGUUUCAUUCUUCAUGCUAAAAAAACUGCCUUUGUUGUGGAACAUGACUUCAUCAUGGCUACCUACCUAGCAGAUCGUGUUAUUGUCUUUGAUGGCAUUCCAUCUAAGAGCACAGUGGCAAACAGUCCUCAGACUCUCUUGGCUGGCAUGAAUAAAUUUUUGUCUCAACUUGAGAUUACUUUCAGAAGAGAUCCAAACAAUUACAGACCAAGAAUAAACAAACUCAAUUCAAUCAAGGAUGUGGAACAGAAGAAAAGUGGGAACUACUUUUUCUUGGAUGAUUAAAUGAAAUGUUAAAUCAGUUUAUAAAACUGAAACCGUUGUUAUAUAAAAUGCAAUCAGGUUUUAAAAUACCGUGCUCAUUCCAGAGAUAAAAAUGCAACGGUAUGGUCAUGUAACAUCUACUGCCACUUAGCAGUGUACCUGCCAAGGCCAUCUUUUGGAUGUAAUAUUUCAAAGCAGUGACAGCUAAAAUUAGCAUCCCAAGAGACUGUUUUUUUCACAAUUUGGGGAGAUAUGGGUUCAGAUGUAACUUAUUAAUGUACCAAAUGCUGACAUGUUUCCAAUCUUCAGUCUUUCAGCUGUUUUCUGUACAAGAUGGUUUACAAAAAAUGUCAAGAUACAGAUUGCUAUUUUAAAAAAAAAAAUUUGAAUCUCUCUGAGGGUUUCAUAAAUAAAUGUCCACCUAUAUCUACACUUGUUAAUGAACCUAAUUCAUUAAAUAAUAUGCACUGUCUGUCCUAAGAACUUGUCAGCCAGCAUGUCUCUUAACUUCUCCACACCCUUCAGAUUGAUGUUCCUAACUUGAAUUUGGCUUCCAUGACUAUUGAAUAUAUUAAGUGCCGUACUUCUUCAUUUUUAGCAGUAGAAAGACAUGACAAGGGAAAAGCUAGGAGGAGCCCAUCUAUAUAUUUUACGGUGUAGUUCACUUCAUACAUGUUGACUUGAACUUGAGGUGGGAUUCUCUAGGUUUAAGCAUGCAGCACUUCAAAUUUCUGCUUUUAAGAUACAAAUUUUUCAAAAGUACAUAGAGUAGCAAGAAUAUGGGAAAUACCUACUUCCCUAAUUCACACGCAUUCACGAAGACCACCUACAAGGGAGUGGUUAAGUAAUGGAGCUGCGCUGCAGCACUUCACAGGUUCGAAUGUCACUACUCAUCUGAUGGCCUUGGCUAAGCCCACUCCUCUCCUCCCCAGCUGUAUUGUGGGGUAACAACACUGACUUUGUUCACAGAUCUGAAUGGGCACUUAUCUGUCCAGAGGAGUGGUAUAUAAAUGAACUGUUUUACUUUGACAAAAGCACCUUUGGCUCUCAAAAGCUUGUUGGUCUUUAAGGUGCUUCUGAACUCAAGUCUUGCUGUUUCUGUACUGCAGACCAACACUAUUACCCACCUGCAAAUAUUAUGUUGUCCUUGUCUCAAAUUCAUUGUAGUCGGAGCCUGGAAGAGAGCUUUACUAGUUGAGACUUUGCAGCCCAGUCACCAAGUUCAGGUAUCUUUCCUGUUGCAGAAGUCUUCAUUGUUUGGAAGUUGGUGUCUGUCACUUUUGAAUAAAUGGUCACCACUCAACAGAGA